GGGUACAGUCUGGAUCUCAGUGUUAUGUGACGUGGUUCGCGGAACACCCUGUUUGUUUGUGGUUACCAAGAUCCCAGGAUAAAAUGCUUAGUCAUUAGUAAUUGAAAUAUGGAGUCUAUCACAAGAAGAUGAACUUCACCCCAUCAGCGCCCUCGGUGGCGCUAUCUACAUCCCCUGCGUCCUCGGCAUCGACGCCUCCCCCCACCCUCAACAGCUCCAUGGUGAACGCCAGUGGAUACCUCAUAGACGACUUCCACGAAGAACCAGGGUUCACGGAGCUACAAACAGUGGUGAUAGCAUGUGUCGGUACUCUCAUCCCCUUGGCUCUUGCGCUCUUCGCUGUUAUAGGCCUCAGAAUGAUUUGGAAGAGUUGGAUAAGAGACGAAGAUGAGCGAACGUUGAGAAGGACCGAGAGCUCGGAACCCAAGAGUAGCCACAUGCUGUUGCCUGAUGAGAUAAAAACAAGCGAAUCUCAGUUUUCUGUAAUUCCCGCCGAGGAGUUGGAAGAGGUUAUGACAUCAUACGCUAGCGCUCCUAGUGUCAACUCCAACAAUCACAACCACACUAGCAAGUCUACAGCCAACGGCAGCAUCAUCACUAUGACAAUGAAGAACAACCACCUUAUAGUGGAGACAGAGGAACGGAUACUGGGCGUCAGUGAGACCCCCUACUUGUCCACACCCUCGGAGGUGCCGACCCUCCCUGUGGACGAUGACGAGGGUGACAGCACGGCGCUCAUCCACCAGACGGAAGACGACACUCCAGUAAACACCGGGCUCUCUCAGAGCGACCUGAGCGUGUCGUCAGGAGCGUCAGGUCAUGCUGGAUACUGCUACGGCAACCAGGCAGAGUACCUGGGGGACGAGAGAACUAUCAUGCAUAAGGUCCGAGCGUCUAGCAAUCGCCUCAAGCACAUCCCCUUCGUUGUACAGCCGUCACAAGACAUAGAGGACGACGACCUCUACCUGGAGCAACAACAUCAGCUGGGCAAUGGUCUGGACAACCAGGCAGUGCCCGAGGUGCAAGACGAUGGCUACGUCACUCUGGACUCCAGCAGAACCCUGGUGGACAUGAAGUGAUAAACUCGUCAAUUAGUGGAACUUACAUCGCCUUUGUGUGUUUCAUAACUUACUUUUGGUUAACCUUUGACAAUCGAGGUGUUAGUAGACAUUCCAAUGGGACAUUCCAAAUUCUUAUAUCGAAGGUAUAUACUGAAUAAUCUUCAAUCGUAGGCUUAAACGGUUGGUUUCAUCACUGAAUCCUCGGUCUUUCUAUGACAACCGUGUUAAGUCAGUAUUUACACUAUGCACACCGGUUCAUAGUGUAAAUACCGAAUUGACACAACUCUCACCGAAAGACCGAGAAAGUACAUUCUGAAUAUUUGGGUUCAUAUUGUCAACCUAAUAAACACGUUUAGCUGGCAAAAGCAAUAAAAUAAGUAUUGUAAAUAAAAAAAAAAUGUUUUGUUUGUUUUGUUAUGAUAUUGCGAAAUUCUGAUUCAAUAUUCAGCAAACUACGUUCCUAAAAGUGGUUUUGCUGCAACCGACCACGGUUACACCGUCAGUUGCACUAUUAUAACAAUAAACAUCAAAAGAAAACCUAUAAAAUGUUGUCCAAAUUCAUCUGCAAAUUAAAUUUUCCUCAGUAAUAUUUUUAUUUAUAAUUCUAGUUUCCCACAUUAUGCAUCAUGAGUUUUUCUACAUUUGUCCCAAAACAUAAACAAAUUAAAUUUGUGUGAAAUUCUACCCAAAAAAUAUAUAUAAUAAAAGACUACUUAUUUUUUUAUUGUCUGAUGAGUUAAGCUACUAGCAGAGUUAAGAAAUCUCAAAUUGCGUAUCAUAGGUUAAAUAAUAACCUUUGCAGUUUGUACCCAAAUAAAGCAAAACCUGAAACUUAAUCCAUGGCCUCGCGUGGACAUAAACGUUUAUAGAAUAUAAACAGCGUGGAAAAAUAUUCCUUCUCAUGCACCGUGUAAGUGGAUAAACUCACUUAUAUAUUAAUAAAAGCAAAACUAGCUCAAGAUUAAACCACUAAGACUCAAGAUAAAACCACUAAGACUCAAGAUAAAACCACUAAGACUCAAGAAAAAAAUGGAAUGUCUACUUGAGCCCUAAAAGUCUAUGGUGGAAACAGAUACCAUAAAAGUGAUUUUAUUAACAAUUUUUAAAGAUAUGAUUGAUUGUAGUGUGUUGACACAAUUGUUUUAAUUAAGCCGUAAAUCAAAACAUAUAUUUACUGACUUUAAAAACAUCAAUAUGUAAAACAUUAUAAUUAUAAAAAAGUAUGUUUUCAAAAGUAAGUCCGAAAUUAUUAAGAUACUAACAGCAAAAGUGUUGUUGGUGUUCUUAUUACACUAGAUUAAACACUUUAAAAUUUAUUUAAAAUCUGAAUAACAAUAGUAUUUAGUUUAAACUGGUACUCACACAGCUUACAAGGAGAAGAAAAAUGCCAACAAUUUAAAAGAAGAAUAUUAUACACGACACUACAGUAAUUACCUAAUGUUUUAAAUGGAAAGCCAACGAGGUUUUAAACCAUGUGCCUAUGACACACCUUAAAACAUGGUAACCAUUUAAAUAAUUGUUACUUUUCUAUUAAGACUAGGUAAAAACGAGAUUGCCGGUUUUAAAAGUAGUAUCAGAAUCGUAUGGGAAAACAGUUUCAGGGUAAAUUUAAAUUUUUUUAUGGAUAACUUAUGUUAAUGUGAAUGAUCUCAGUCGUAUACAGAAUUAAACUAUAGCUGUUCAGUGUCACCAUAGAAUUAUAAUAUCAAAUUAUUGCUUAAAAGUUUUUAAUUGAAUGAGUUAUUCAACUUUACGACUUAUGUAAAAACUGAAUAUUUCAUUACACGAUGCUUUAAAUGAAAAAAAUGUUUGACAUUAAUAUUUUAAGCUACUGUACAACUGUCCAAUAUCGACCAAGGAACAUUCUUCUUUCGUGAAAUUAUUUUGCAAAUUGUUUGAAUUUAUUUACAAUUUUUAAUUACAAACUGAAAGCCUUUCGCAAGUUUAUUCCUUAAUGAUGCUUGUGGAACACUAUUUAGUGUAGGCCUACUUACAUCAAGAGUUUAGUUCAGUGGUGAAAAGACAAUCUUUAGUACACGAGUGGCUGGUUGAAUUGUGAGAUAAAAGGAGAUGAUUGUGAAAAUAAGGAACUGAACUUUAGUGGAGAGAGAUACACUGUAGGUAGUUAAUGAAUAAAAACGGGUAAUUUUGAUAUAAGGCAAUGAAAAUAUUACCCUUCUCGUCUUCUCAAGUGAAUGUAUAAUUUUUAGUAUGGGUGAAAUGAGUUGUGAAUCGUACUUUUAACUUAAAUGCAGUAUUAGUUUAUGUAUGCGGUGAAGUGAGAAGUGGUUUUGCUAUAGAAGCUUAAGGUUAUAAUGGUUGUUAAUAAUGUUUAAUUUGGUACUGUAAAUAUUGGUGUCCCUUGUAAAAUCAUUUUGUAUUAACUUGUUGUAGGCAAUCUAGUAUUUGAUUACUGUAAAUAUUAUUUGUUUCCCUACUAUAAAACCCUUCAGUAUUUUAUUUUCAUACAAAAUUCCAGUGGAGUUCGAUAUGUAUUAUUUUAUAAUAAUAAAAAGCACAGUUCUUAACGAUUAGUUAUGGUGGAACUUUAACAGUAUUACACUAAAUUUCCCUUCUGUGCACGAAUUCCUCGCUUUAAUAUAAGGUGACUUGUGAUUCCUUCGAGUGCUCGCGAUUAAGACUAAGAUAGGAUGUAGUAAAGCAAAAGCUGAUUUAAGCUUCCAGACCGUCCGUUUUGAGAAUCGAGGUUUUUACCUUUUACUUAGAUUUGAAACUGUCUAUACUACUAUCAUUUCAUGUAUUUGACAAUUAAAUGUAAAUGUUUACUAGAUCUGAUCACACACUAAUCUUUAUGUUGGUGUACCAUUAAAAUGUAAACCCAGACAAAAUAGGGUUGUUUAUUAAAUAUAAUACCUAAAAGUCUAACAAAAUUACAUAUAUAAUUUUUAUGGAUUAAGUUUGUAGCAAAAUAGAUGCAAUAAAUCUGACCUCUGCAAAUAUAUACAACAAAUUCAAUACAUCUAAAUUGCACAUUUAUUAUAAAUAUUCUCUUCACUGAGGAAUUGCUUUCCAUAAGGAAUUUUUAUGGUAGUGGUUUCUGAAAUGAAAUUAUAUAAUUAUUCUUCUUUGUUGAGGCGAACUUAGACCUCAUGUUCCUUUCUUUCGAUGCAUUAAAAAGACAAUUAUCUUUGUACAUCGUAAAGGUUGAACAUGUUUCCGAUCAGAAGUCAAACGAAACAAAACUAUUAGUGAACAUUUCGUAGAUUUUCCCCGACGAAUUGAAAAACAAAAGUAAAAGCUUUUAAUAAAAGCUGUAUAAUCUAAAUCUAAAACACUGUAAAAUCUUAAAUAACCAGUAUGUUCUAUAUUGAUUUCAUAUUUUACUGUCAAAUGAGAGUUCUUCAUAUGUUUUGAAAUAAAGAUUCUUUGGGAAAAUAUCUAAUAUCAAUUAACUAUUUCUGCGCAAAGAGGAAUAACACCUACUUUAAAAUUAAUCCAUUCAAUAAAUUGAUCAACGAAUUCUAUGUUUAUAUAAAAUCAAUGGUACUCUCAAAAAGUUUACAAGUGAUAUAUAAUGAUGAUUUGCAUUUGGUUUUGAUAGUGAUUUGUCAUGGUCAAAAGUUGCACUUUCCUCUUUAGCAUUUUACUAAUACUUUUAAGUGAAAUGUUAAUUUCUCGUGAUCUCAAACUAACUAACCUGUGCAUUUACAUAUUGUAGCAAUUACCUAAUUAAUACAAACGUGUUAAAUUUUAUAUUAUAGUUAUAUUUAAUAUAAUUCUAAGUAGUGUUAGCUUUCAGAGCAAUUAAUUAGAGAAUUCCGUGAGCAAUGUAAACAUUUCUUUAUACACAAAGAAAUAAAUAACUACCCUGUUUUCAGCUUAGAAUAUUUUAAAGCUCUAGUUGUGUUCAUUUAUUUUUUCGUAGGUUAUUUAUUUUCUCUCUGAGCUGGUCGUGAAACAUACCACGAAUUUUAUGCAAUCACAUGGCAACAAUAUCACCAUGGGCCAGUAAAUCCACUUUGCAUAUAUUUCAGGAAAAAUAUUCUUUUGUGAAAGUAAAACAUAAGUUAACUUAAUACUUAACACAGCAAUAACUAAAAUAAACUAUUGAAGAAAGAACGGCACAUUACAGGGUGUCCCAAAGAAAAACUGAACAACUUUGUCGCAAUGUAAAUAUUCUAAAAAUAGGCUUACAAAAAUUUGAUUAAUGUAAAGUAACACACAUAUUCUUAAGUUUUUCUGGGCAUAAAUUUAAUUUUAAAAAAUCAACAAGGCUUCCAAUGUUGGCAAAUAGACAGUUAAUACGGUUUUAUAACUCUGACCACACUCCAUGUGGCAUUUCAUCAUUGAUGAUGCGGAAGGCUGUAUUGAUUUUAAAUAUCAAUUCUAUAACAUUGGAGACUUUCGGACUUGUAAGCUUGGUCUUCAACGGAAAAUAUUGCGUUAGAUUUUGUUUCAAUGUGAUAUUCAACACACUGAACUUUCUCUUGCACGUUCAUGAUGUCUGCCUUCCUGUAGGUUAUGUUUUUAAGUUUAAAGCUUUGAGCGAAAACAAUGGAUCAGCUGAAACAUGAUAAUCAAUUUGAAAAAAAACUUUAUGAGUUCCUUAAUCAUAGGGUGGUUUCAAAAAUGAUCAAUGGAUGCCCACAUAGAUUGUAUUAAAGUUCAAAGCUCUUCAGUUUUUUGGGACAGUCUUUUAAUAAAAAUUCAUGUUUCUGGCUAUUAUAUAAAAUCGUUGGGCUAUUUGACAGAGGUAUAUAAGCCUAUUAUUCUCUUAACAUUAUUUUAAACUGUUGGUCAAGAAUACCAUUACUAUAUUACAGUCAUCCACAUAAAUUACUAUCUUACGUGUUAAUACAAAAAAUGGACCAAUUUUUACUCUGAAGACAAGGUAGUUAAAACAUUGGUUAAGGUGUUUAAGCUUAAACUUGUUUAGCCUUACAGUUGUAGUAAAGUUGAUUAAUGUGAUAUUUAUUUACAUAGACAUAAAAUGUGAAUCUUGUGCCAAAUAUGUAAAUAUUAGUCGAUUUGUAAAAAGUAUGAGUGAGUCUCCUACUGAGUAUUUAGCUCCUGACAUUGCAGUUGCUUGCAAUUUGCCACGUCAUGAUCCCAUUUGUUUAUGUUGUAAAUAUUAUAGGUUUUAGUUUUUUGUUUUGGAAAUUCCUAUAAAAUAUGUAUCCAACUGCUAUACUAGAUAUUUAAAAACGUCUUAUUCUAAGUUUAAUAUUUGUAUCAUGAAAAUUUCUCCGGCAGUCACUUUUUGUAUUCAUUUGCAUAUUCAUUGAAAAAAUUAAGUACUUACAUAGUACAAAAUAGUAAAUGUUUAUUCUAAAAACUAAGGUCGGUAAGGGAUAUGACGCUUUGUAAAUAAACAUAUAAAAUAGAAACUUGACCCUAAGUAAUCAGUAUUUGUUAAAAUAUGUAAGAAAAUCUAAUCUAAUCAAAGUGAAGAAAUGAUUACCAUAGGCCUACUGUAAGCCUUUUUUACGGGGUAUUGAUUAAUAAAUUUAACAAUAAAUCGUAUUAGUGAAUAUUCAUAAAAUCAAGCAUUGUAAAUGAUUAUUCGUUUUUAACAAAACUUGGUUAAACUAAGACAAAAGACUUGUCUUUUGUAAAACUUGUUUUUUUUAUGUAUCCAAAUUGUUUAUAUAAAUUUGUUUUUUGUUUAUCUAUUACGGUAACGAGGCAAGGGACCUAACAAGACUGAGCAUGUUUUCAAUUCCAUGCUAAAUGACAUUCAAUAUACGUUAUAUUACCCAGCUUUCUACCUACUUAUGAUGUAAAUACUCUGUAUAAGUUACCAAUUACGCAAUACAUAAUUUGUGUUAAGUUUGGUUUUUUAGAGAGGGAGAAAGAUUUUAACUAUAUGUGGUUGUGAGUAAGAUAUUACCAAAUAAAU